AUGCCUGCUGAGGUCCGGGAUGCUCGCCGGGCUGUGAGAAGGCGAGAGGUGGUGGAGGCUUUGCCUCGCGAGUACUACCUGGCAAGGUCACGGAUGGAACGCUUCGACGUGGCAGAGGAGCUCCGACAGAUGCGCUCCGCGGAAGCACGACGGCACUAUGACAGCUUGACGAUCCCACCGCUGGGUCUCGUCGAGCGCAAGUGUCCCUAUGGGGCUCCGCUCCCAGUCAAGAAGUCUCGCCCAAAGAAGGCGAAUCUCCAAGCGAUGCCACUAUCGCAGUCACAGCCAAUCCUUCCAUCCACAGGGGAAGCAAAGAAGAGAUAUCCCGGGCUGCUCCUUUUGGACAUUCCGUACGACCCUACAACCUUCCCCAACGAGCACGACGACCGCAUUCGUGCUAUCGAUGGGCAAAUCGCCGAGAAAGAGCUCUUCCUAGAAAAGUCUGACAGCGAAGCAGCUCAAAGGAUGCGGCAAAGCUUCAGUGCCAAAGCACCGGACUUUAAGUUUGACCAUGUGCCGGAUGGGACCAUCUCGGAGAACGCUUCACAGUUCUUUCCUCGAAGUCCAGAGCUCCUGGUGGACAUAGGCUGCGUCAAGGAUCCUCGUUUCUGUCGUCCGCGACGGGCUUACUGA